AUGACUGCCGCACGAGUAUCGGUGCCCCGCACCAACGCCGGAAAGGACGUCACUGUCGAUAGCCACCGGGACGAUGGGCUGGACAGCAAUGACCUUGACGGAUCCUUCAACGGUCAUUCGAAUGGCAAGCAGUCCAAGAAGGCAAAAGUGGCGCCGAAAGCCAAGGAAACCAAACCCAUCAAGCCAUUCAGAUUCCUGGACCUUCCUGCUGAGCUUAGAGAUCAGAUUUGCGGGCUUGCGUUGACGGAGCACUCGGGAAUUACUCUGGUCAGCACAACACGAGGCAAUCGCCAUACUGUACGGCGUUGUGGGAUUACUCUCCAGGAAGGCACGCAUCAUUCUGGCAAGCUGCCGCCUAGCUACCGCGGCCGGCUUACCAGACUGAUGAGCCAGGGUGCCACUCAGUCAUUCAUUGGGCAUUCUCGCGAGUUCAAUCUCUAA